CACCAGACUUUUUCGCAAAAGCUAAUAUUCAAAGUGCGACUUCUUCACAUCCAACUUUCUUUCAUCUUCUUGAUUUCUUCGCUCGUUUCCGACAACUCAAGACUUUCCACAAAUCGUCAAUUGAACCCAGCAAUUACAAUGGCCCCCAAGAAGAACAAGAAGGAUGCCAACAGCAUCAACUCGCGUCUUGCGCUUGUUAUGAAGUCCGGAAAGGUCACUCUCGGCUACAAGUCUACCCUCAAGAGCCUGCGAUCUGGCAAGGCCAAGCUUGUCAUCAUCUCCGGAAACACUCCCCCUCUCCGCAAGUCCGAGCUGGAGUACUACUCCAUGUUGUCCAAGGCCCCGGUUCACCACUUCGCCGGUACCAACAUCGAGUUGGGCACCGCCUGUGGUAAGCUUUUCCGAUGCUCCACCAUGGCCGUCUUGGACGCUGGUGACUCCGAUAUCCUCAGCGACCAACAGGCUUAGAUGUAAAUAAGGCAUCUCCGGACGGCGUUGGGGUCUAUUGGCUGGGGAAAAGGUCGUCAUAACUCGUCAGUUAAGAACGAGGAUCGGUUGCAUAGGCUUCGUAUUUAGAUGCAGCUCUCUCGGAUUUCCCACCGAGCUAUACCGAGUUUUCUAGGCAGAUAGCCGGUCAGACCAAUGCUGAGGGUCAAUCAAGACGAAUCCAGCAUACUUGAGAAUGAAUACAUGUGAUACCCAACAGUCUCCUUCUACAGUAUG